CUGCUCAGCGUGCUCGACCGCACGAGGGAGGCGGCCAUGGAAGAGGACUGGGUGCCCAUCACCACGGAGGCGCUGGACCGCGCCAUCGACACGAUGGCGAAGAGCAAGGAGAAGGGCGUGGAGCAGAUGGGGGCGCUGGCUUUCAAGUGGUUGCCGCCGAGCGCGCGCGAGAAGCUGAGGCAGCUGAUCGAGAGCGUCGAGAGCAUGGGCGCAUGGCCUUGGCAGCUGCUCGUCACGCUGAUGAGCUUGCUGAGGAAGGCGAUGGCGGGCAAGGUGGACGCGGUCAUCGCAGGCAACAGCUCGGCGAAGGAGGCCGUGGUUCGGUCGUCUGCCGACAAGGUCAUCCAGUGGGCGCCACAGAAGACCUGCACGGCCGCGGUGCUCUGGGACUGGGCGGAGUUCUACGACACCUUGGAGCAAGUGCUGGUCUUGGACGAGGGGAUCAGGCUUUGGCGCACUCUGCACCUGGAGAUGCUCAGCCACCUGAGCAGCAGGCUCGCCAGGGAGAGGACGGCGUACGCGGAGCCCAUCGCCCCCGAGAGGGUCGCGUUAUACGCGGUGCUCGAGAAAGUGAGCAACAAGUUCACACAGGUGUACGUGCGCUCGCGGAUCGACGACAUCACCACGAGGAUCAAAGGGUCGAAGGCCCAGGUGACCAAGCAGCUGACGGGGGCAGGAGUGGACUUCGCGGCAGGCGUCAAGAAGGCGAAGCUGAUGCUGCCUAAGAAGUCAGCGGUCAUAGGCGACGACAAGAAGAUGACGCAGGAGAUCGCGCUCAAGCUGAAGAGUCGUAAAAUCACGGUCACGCUGAAGAACCAGGCGCCCGACCUUGGGAUCGACAGGGGCAACAUCGCGAAGGGCAAGUGCAAGCACGCGAAGAGGACGGCACACGCGGACAGACAGGCGACCCUGGGCACGGGGGUGGUCUUCUCGCUGUUGGACCCCUGGAUGCACAUCACCGGCGAGGGCAAGGGGAGGCGCAAGCCUGAGCUGAUGUGGGAGAGGAUCGUCGAGGAGAUGAAGGCCACGAAGGAGAGGGAUCGAUGGCGAGGAGUUGCAGGAGUCGCCAAGACGAUGGUCUGCACGCUACCGGACCUGGGCUGGGGUACCUCGUGGCCCGCGGCAACCCGGGAGUCGUGCAGCGGCGAGGUCUUCGGAGGCGACGGCCCCAAGGAGCUGAACGACGACGUGGGCACCAGCGAGCCGACGGCGGCGCUCGCGGACACCAGCUAG